CGUAGCUAUCGUUUCCUGCUCUAACAUGCUCAAUCCGCAAUAUCCAAAACCUCACAGCUCGUGGUGCUGAACAUGUUUUCAAUGUCUCUAGGCUUAUGCCACUCACCAAAUUCGUCAUGCCGUUGAACAAAUCUGCUAUUUUUCUCGGCUCCUGCAAUACCUUUCCCGCUGUGUCCAGUAUAACGCCUAUCCGGUCUAUAACGUCAUCUAGAGGGGUACGAUUUAGCUACGCACCAACAACGACUUGCUCAAUAGACCGAUAUAGGCGAUAUGCUACAGUGAAUAGCGACCAAAGAGGCAGCUUCAGCCAUGAGGUACCUGAAUGGCCUAAGACCUCUUAUCCUUCUCCAUACGAGAUCUUCGCCAUGAAGAGUGACGCCCCGUAUACCAAGCAUCGAUUCUAUCAGCUUGUCAAAGUCUACCACCCCGACCGACACAGCCAUGCUCCCGAUAUCGAUAACAUACCACACAAGAUCCGCUUAGAACGGUAUCGCCUUAUUGUUGCUGCCAACGACCUUCUUAGCGAUCCUUCUAAGCGCCAACUCUAUGAUGUCCAUGGUGUAGGAUGGACCGGUGGUCGGCCUCAGACACUCAACGAAACUGUCCGCAGCGCCGACCGUGCCUGGCGUCACAGAGCCGGAUCUGCCGCACAUAAUGCUACAUGGGAAGACUGGGAACGCUGGUACAAUGCCCGUGAUGGCAGGGUUAAGGACCCCCUAUACAUGUCCAAUGGCCUUUUUGCCACUCUCGUCGUUGUCAUGUGCAUGAUAGGCGCUUUUGCCCAGAUGAGUAGAGCAGAUCAAUACGGUGCCGAUCUCAUGGAAAUGAAGAACCAGUCCAACCUCGCCAUUGGGCAGCAGGUUGCCCGCCGUAAUACACUCGCGGCGGGUAGGUCUAAAGAUGAAAGGGUUGAUAUGUUUUUGAAGGAUAGAGAGAACUUGAAUUAUGCUUUUCAGCCUGGCAAGUAUGAUAAUGAAGUGUUGCAGGCAGCUCAUGGUCAUGGUCAUGGUCAUAGUCAUGAACAUGAUGGAAAAGCAUGAGAGGAGCAAGGGCGGGCUUAGGGAACGAGGCAACAUGGGGUUGGUGAGAACAUACCUUGCUUUGCUGUGGCCCUUUUCCCUCUGUUUCGGAGAAUUACCGUGUGUCAGCACGCAGGGAGUCUGGAGUCAUUCGAUAUUAGUAAUUAGCUUGCAAAUGUUUGACUUUGCAGAAACAUUUGCAGUGUGAAUAUGAAGCCUUGCCAAGGGAAUGUCGCUAGUGAUUCGAAAUUAACAUCUAUCUUGCUACUCUCUAUUACUGCAUAAUACUUAUACCGUCCUCGUUGGCCGUAAAUGCACCAAAUAUGGAAUAUUGAAACAUGAUUCAAG